AUGAUGGACAUCGUCCCAACCUGGACCUUCGAUUCAGCGGGUCAGCGUACGGCCUUGACACUAUCCCACCUACCACCGGCUAGUGAGGGUCAGCUUCAGCUUCAAGCGGACUUGUCUACCGGAACAGUGCAGGUCUGUUCCAUAACAAGGACGAAUGGCCCACUGUCAGUGGUGGCGCGGCCUAUGGAAGCGCCUCCUGCAUAUCAUGCCGUUGUAGCUCCGGGCACCACACUACCAACUUCCGUGGGGUACAAGAAGGGACAUUCGCCGGUUUGCUUCCUAUGCCAUCCAGACAACGAGGAUGCCGCGAUCGCCGGCUUCGUUUGUUCUCGCUACGAGCCUGAAUCACAAAACGAAGUAGACAAUGCGUCGAUCGCUCAAUCCAGUAAAGUAGCCGCAUUCAGUACAAGGCCUAGCGCGGAGACCGCGGCCGCGCCAGAAGGUCCCCUUCGUUCUUGCCCAAUGCACCGCCUCAUCCCUCUCUGCGCGGUGUUCGCUGGACAGUGUGUCUGGCAUGCGGUCACCUACCGCGGUCCCACGCUUCGUCGCUAUCGAAAGCGCUACGGGAAAGGUAUCAGUCCUUCCACAGCGAACUUUCGUGAGGCGGCCCAAUUCCUUGCUGUAGCACGAGUUAGGGCGCACAAGAUGGAUAUGAUGUGUAACAAGUUUGUCUCUAGAACCGAUGACGACGAGAUCGCGCUAUCAAACGCUUUGGAGGCUGAAAAGCUCGUGAAGGCGUUUGGGGAAGAGCGAAGGAAGUUGCACGAGCAGGCGAAGAAGCAUGGAGUUAUACGGGAAUCGGCAGGCCACAUAUGA